AUGGCGGACAUUUUUAGCGAUACCGAUAGUAAAGACAGCAAUUUUUUAGGGUUUACUACUGAAGAUCUAGCAGCACAAAAMGUUUCUUUAGCUGAAGAAUCAGAUAUUUCUGAGAACGAAGAAACUAGCAGUGAGGAAAGUUCGAGCGAAGUCCAUGUUUCAGAUUUUGYGCAACCAACGGGCCCCACUUCUAUGAUUCCUGCGGAUGGAUUUGCACUAGAUUUCUUCCUACUGAUGUUUCCUGAAGAUCUGUUCAACCUAAUAGUUUUAGAAACGAACAGAUAUGCAUCUCAAUGCAUAAGAGUUAAGCCUGACCAGUCUUGGUACGACACAACGGUCGAAGAGAUGCGAGCAUUUAUUGCUCUCAAUAUCUUCUUUGRUAUCAAGACCCUUCCCAAAACCCGAAUGUACUGGUCAAAAGAUCCUCUCAUCGGCGUGCCUGAAGUUCAGAAGGUGAUGAUUACUCUUGCCGAGGACCUUCUAAAGGACKACCUCUACUGCUGUGGAACGGCAAGAUCGAAUCGUAAAGACUUUCCCGAAGAGCUGAAGGACAAGAACAAGAUCAAGCGCCUUCGCCGAGGAGAGUCUUUAUUUUUACACAAAGGCAAUGUUGUAGCGACAAUAUGGAAGGACAAAAAGGCGGUAGCAUUUAUCACUUCACACUGUAAUGCUACUGGAAACGAAACAGUGAGAAGGAAACAGAAAGAUUGCACUUUCAUCGAAGUACCUUCGCUUCCCGUAGUCAAGAGCUACAACAAGUAUAUGGGAGGAGUGGACAUGGCCGAUCAACUACGACAGUACUAUAACACUACUUGA